GCGAUUUUGGUUUAUUAACUGAUAACUUUGUUUUUAAUUUUGAUGAAACAAGCGGUUAAAGUUCCUUAAAUUUGUUAAAAUAAUUCAAACUGAUAUUGCGCGAACAUGAAUUGGUCCUGCAAAGAGAUUAGAAAAUUAGACGAAUUGCUAAGCGGCUAUUUGGGAAAUAGUGCAACCAUUAAAGAUGUUAAAACCAGUCAGUUAUCUAAACCGGGUGAAAAUUAUGGAAGCAUCAUCUACGGAUUGGAAAUUACUGUAGAAAACAAUGAGAACAAAACCGAAGAAACAUUGCACACUAUAGCUAAAGUACUACCCCAUGAUGAACUUAUGAGAGAGUUGUUUCGUGUGCAAACCACCUAUACCAAUGAGAUGGGCUUCUAUAAAAUAAUAGUUCCUACAGUUUCAGAGUUUCAGAAAGAACUUACAGGACUUACAAGUUACCUGGAUUGCUUCCCUAAAUGUUUUGCCGCUAGAAAAAACCUGUUAGAAAAUAACGAUCGAAUAGAUGAUGAUGCAGUGUUGCUUUUGGAGAACUUAAAGCAUCGCGGUUUCGAUAAUAUCGAUAAGCGCAAAGGAUUCGAUAUAGAAACAACUAAAAUGGUCCUCAGAUCUCUAGCUCAAUUUCACGGCGUACCAUUGGCUAUUAAAAUCAAGAAACCUAAUUUAUUUAAGGAAAAACUCCUGCCAUUUUGUACCGAUUUCUAUCGACAAAAUGGCCUGAUGCCGCAAGUCAUACCCCUUUUUAAAAUCAUCACCAGCGAAGAUCCGGAUGUUAAAGAGAUUGUAUCGAAAUUAGAAAGAUGGGAAGGGGCUCAACGAAUUUUACUUAGAGAACCAUUUAGCACGUUAGUUCACGAUGAUGUGUGGACAAACAACACCAUGCAAAAAUUCGAUAGCAACGGAGAUCCAGUAGCCAAUAAAAUGGUGGAUUUUCAAAUCUUAUCGCACGGAUCGCCGGCGAUCGACUUGUUUUUCUACCUGUGGACCAGCGUGUCAUUGGAACACAUCAAAACUCACUUUGAUUAUUUCCUUGAAUAUUACCACGAGCAUUUAACUCAGGUACUGGAAACCUACGGAAUCGAUACCACGCCGUUUUCGUACGAGGCGUUUUUAGAUGAAAUCCACGCAAUUGGGCCCUUUGAAAUGCUACACGCGUUCUUCUUCAUAGUAUUUGCUAUUCAUGGUAGGGAAGGUGGUUAUUCUACCGCUGGUCUACCCGAUGUUAGCGAUAUUAACUCGACUGUUCCAAUUGAAGCUAAAGAAAAAGUAUGGUAUAUGGUUAAAGAAUGUUAUAAACGCGGUUGGUUUAGAUCGCUUUAAUCCAGGGUAAACAUGUUUGGAAGUUUCUGGCUAGUUCUACAGUAAUAAUAUUCUCUUUUUUUGUAUAUCUAUUAUUUCUUAAGAUGAAAUUGAUUAAAAUAUCUAAAUCUUUCGUAUCAUUUUAAACCUUUCUAAAUCAUCUAAAUUUUUUGUAUCAUUACACACGUACACAUUUGUUCCACGUUUAUACAUAAAGAUAUAGGCAUUGUUAAAGUUGAUAAAUGACUGCACCAAGCUGGAGAAAAUAUAUCUCCUUGUUUUAUUAUUUUUUCUUUUAUAUAGCUAAAAAUUAGUUUUCUGUAACGCUAUUAGUUUGAAAGAUUUACAGGAGGGAAGGUAAAUUAUUAAUUUCCAUCAAAUAAAACAAUUAUAAAACAAUGAUAUCCCAAAAUUAA